AUGUUCCAUCCUAGCCGCCGGCGAUGCUGUCUGAAACUGUCGAGUUGUCUGGUUGUUACUUUGCCGGCGCUUAGAGAGAGAGAGAGAGAAGAGAAAAAGUUCGAUGUUGUUGCUUUUGCCUUUUUCGGCUCUUCCGCCAACUUUUUUUCUUCACCUCCAGAUCUACAACUUCACGACAACAACAACAACAGCAACGAGAACGACAACGCCAGAGGAAAAAGCCAGCACUGGCGCCGUCCAGACCGCAGACUCACCCUCUUCCUCGCCUGUUUCUGGUGCAAAGCGUCAACCGACCGCCGGGCUCAGCGUGAUCUGCGCCUCCACCAGCCUCUCUCUGCCUGCGAGAACCAGCCCUCCCUCUCCCACCCCCCACCCUCCUCCCUUCGAAGAAACGCAUCUAUCGUCGCCUCCAGGGCUUGCUCCUCUGCCAUCCACGGUGCCAGCUUCAUCUCAAUUGGCCUGCUCGAAGCGCCCGUCAACGGUCGUCCCGCCUCGCCGUCUCUCACGCUCCCACAGCCACCUCUCUACUACGAGUACUAUUACUACGACUACUACUACCUCCACCACCACCACCAUUGGGCAUUCGCCUGGGCACUUCGGCUCCCCCUUGCCUCCAGACGCCAUACACUCAACCACUGGCGCCCGACGAUGAAUGGCGGCGAUUUGAAAAAGGCUGCUGCCGCUGCUGCUAACGGUACCGCGGGCAAGAAACGCAGGAAGGCCUCUGAUCUCAAGCCCAUCAUCACCAACGAGGAGUCUGAUCCAGCUACCAUGUCCAGCACCCAGUCCGUUUACACCUCCUCCCUCCCCAUUUCGCCCCUGUCGCGAGCUUCGUCGUCCUCGUCAGAGGAAGAAGUCGACGCUGCAGACGAGGAAGACUCCGAGGACUACUGCAAGGGGGGCUACCACCCGGUCUCCGUGGGCGAGUCCUACAACAACGGCCGCUACAUCGUCGUCCGCAAGCUCGGCUGGGGCCAUUUCUCGACCGUCUGGCUGUCCCGCGAUACCACCACGGGCAAACACGUCGCCCUCAAAGUCGUGCGCUCUGCCGCCCACUACACCGAGACCGCCAUAGACGAGAUCAAGCUUCUCAACCGCAUAAACAGCGCCAACCCUGACCAUCCGGGCCGCAGACAUGUCGUCAGCCUGCUCGACUCGUUCGAGCACCGUGGCCCCAACGGAGUCCAUGUCUGCAUGGUCUUCGAGGUCUUGGGAGAAAACUUGCUCGGCCUCAUCAAGCGCUGGAACCACAGAGGCAUCCCCAUGCCCCUCGUCAAACAGAUCACAAAACAGGUCCUCCUCGGCCUAGAUUACUUGCACCGCGAGUGCGGUAUCAUCCAUACCGAUCUCAAACCUGAAAACGUCCUCAUCGAGGUUGGAGAUGUCGAGCAGAUCGUCAAGUCUUGCGUCAAGGAUGAAGAGAAGAAGGCCGAUACCAGAGACGAUAAUAGAAAUGGCAGACGGAGACGGAGAACUCUCAUCACAGGCAGCCAGCCGCUCCCCAGCCCGCUCAGCGCCAGCUUCAGUGGCGGGGACCCUUUCCGCAACGUUACUCCCUCCAUGCAGAGCUCCCAUAGCAGCCUCAACCAGGUCCUUGCUGAAUCCCCUCUCUCUGCUACCCCUACCACUCCCUCCAAACAAUCCAUGAAAGAUAAACUAGGCAUAAAGGAUUCGGACGCAGCUGCCGACGAAAAACAGAAACAAAGAGAAAAAACUACCAGCGACCUGCUUGAACGCGAAGUCUCAGGCAUCUCCCUCAACAAAGAUACAGACCAGUCCAUGGCUGGCGACCAGUACAAUAUCGAUAUUAUCUCCGUUAAGAUAGCUGAUCUGGGUAACGCCUGCUGGGUUGGACACCACUUCACAAACGAUAUCCAGACCCGCCAAUACCGCUCGCCGGAAGUCAUACUCGGAGGUAAAUGGGGCGCCAGCACCGAUAUCUGGAGCAUGGCUGCAAUGGCAUUCGAACUUAUCACCGGUGACUACCUGUUCGACCCGCAGACCGGCACCAAAUACGGUAAAGACGACGACCAUAUUGCCCAGAUCAUUGAACUUCUAGGUCCUUUCCCCAAAUCUCUCUGUCUAUCCGGAAAAUGGAGUCAAGAAAUCUUCAACCGGAAGGGAGAGCUCCGCAAUAUUCACAGACUACGCCACUGGGCACUGCCUGACGUCCUUAGAGAGAAGUAUCACUUUUCCGAGGAAGAGAGCAAGGCUGUGUCUGACUUUUUGAUCCCGAUGCUCGAACUCAUACCUGAACGGAGGGCAAAUGCAGGCGGGAUGGCUAACCAUAAGUAUCUCAACGGCACCAAAGGAAUGGAUCACAUUUCCCUUAACAUUCCCGUGGGAAGUCGAGGAGAAGGCAUCGAAGGUUGGGCAUCAGAGGUCAAGAGAAGAUGA